AGGGGGGGUAAUUCCUCAAAGGAACAGGAAGCUCAUCACUCUCAUAACUACUAUGCAAUCUUCUAUUCUGUGCUCAUCUUUGCCAUUGUUUUUGGGAAUAUGCUUGUUUGCUUGGCUGUGCUGCGGGAGAAAAGUCUGCAGACCACAACUAACUACCUGGUAGUGAGCCUAGCCAUAGCUGAUCUACUGGUAGCAUCUCUUGUCAUGCCAUGGGUGGUCUACCUUGAGGUGUCUGGUGGAGUCUGGAUGUUCAGUCGAGUAUAUUGUGACUUGUUUGUAACACUCGACGUGAUGAUGUGCACAGCCAGCAUUCUGAACCUCUGUGCGAUCAGCAUUGACAGAUAUACUGCCGUAGUGAUGCCUGUGCUCUACAACAGUACCCAGAGCUCUCGCAGGAGGGUUUCUUUGAUGAUCACUUUUGUCUGGAUAUUGGCAUUCGCAGUGUCCUCUCCUCUUCUGUUUGGCUUAAAUACUACAGAGGACCCCAGGAUCUGUUCCAUUUCCAACCCACAGUUUGUCAUCUACUCCUCAGUUGUCUCUUUCUACCUCCCAUUUGUCAUCACCCUCCUGGUAUACCUUCGCAUCUAUGUGUUCCUGAGAAAAAGGAGGAAGAGAGUCUCCCUCCGAAAAAGUUGUGGAAGGAUCCAGCCAGCUUGUGUAACCACAGAAGUGGAGAAAGUAGAAGUGCUGGACCAGCGUUGCUCCAUUGCUACUUCUCUCAGGCUGAGGAAGCAGACCACUGGUCCUCCAGACAACACCUUUCUCACCCCUUUGGAGCUUCCCAACUGCUGUAUCAUCAGUCAAGCUUCCUUUGCCAAGUCUGAGGUUCAGGAUGAGGGUGCUGAGCCAGUGAAAGAGUCAGUGGGACAGCUGGCCAAGAGAGCAUCAGAAGUGCUAAACCUGCCUGAUGGGAAGACUCAGAUCAGUCUGCGGCCUAGCGUGAAGCGCAGAAGCUUGCACAUCCGUGAGAAGAAGGCCACACAGAUGCUGGCCAUUGUCCUUGGUGUCUUCCUGAUCUGCUGGCUGCCCUUCUUUGUGACUCACGUUCUCAACACACACUGCACACCCUGCUAUGUGCCACCUGGAGUGUAUAGCGCCACCACCUGGCUGGGUUAUGUGAACAGUGCACUAAAUCCAGUCAUCUACACAAUCUUCAACGUUGAGUUCAGAAGAGCUUUUGUCAAGAUCCUCAGCUGCUAGUAAAUACCUCCAAUUGUAAGCCUUAUUGAUUUUUAGGACUAUAACAGGCAGCAAGAUUUGAGGUUUUUGAAGAGAAUAGUUUACUCAACGAUACGCUUGAAUGAAAUCUUGGAACUAAGAUGCAAACCACAGAGUUUUUUUGUAGGAUGCUAGAUUAAAAUUCUGCUUGUUCUGCUCUGAGGUGUCUUGACUGGCAAUCAAAAUGCCCAAAAUAAUGCGAAAAAGUGUCCCCAGCUCAUGGCCAUAGUUUUUAAUGGAGACAAAAAACACUUGAAGAGAACGGGAUCUAAGAGUUGUCAAAAACCACCUGAAAUGACUUUUGAUAUCUCCAGCCAUUGGCACUGCUCUGAACAAAAUGAUACCAGCCACCAACUAUAAGGGCUUUUCC